ACAGCGGCCAAUUGCAGUUGUAAAAUUCUAUCAAUUUUAAUUUUACUAUAUUUACUCUUCAUAAAAUUAAUGAAUGUAUGUCUUGCCUUAGUUGUUUGCUUUGAUACAUGAGCACAUGAGCACUGUUUUAGAAGACGGCUCAAGAUCGCGAUCCAACAAUUGUAUUUUUUUUCUAAAAAAAAAUAAGCUAACAAGCGGCAAACUCAUUGCUCUGAAAUUUUCUUAGUUUUCCUUUCAAAACUGUUUACUUUUCGCUCUUGGCUUUCUCAAAUGAUUUAUUCAUCAUUUAUCCAGCAAAACAGCCUUUAUUACGCCAUAUUCAAGGCUCGGUCGAUUAAAAAUUGAGGAUUGUUUUAUUUGUUAAAAAACGUGACUUUUUGUACAUCUUUUCAAUAUUGCUUCAUAAAAUUUUGAUCAAAGUAUUUUCAAGCCGGUUUCUAUUCAUUGUUCAUCAUUCACAAAUACAGUUUUGAGCACAGCUCAAACCACAAAAACUACAAAACUGAGACAAACAGUAAAACUAUCAUUCAAUAACUCGUGAAUAUCUCAUAUAACGAUCUAAUUUAUCCGUUUUGCGUUUGUUUAUGAUGGUUAGUUUUGUUUUACCUUUUGCUAAUCCGCUUGGUUAUUGAAAAGUUGUUACAAAUUGACUUAACUGAAAUUUGCAUUACGAGUCACGCUUAAACAGGCGGCCAGUCUUUUUAAGAAAAGUUUUCAAGUCUAUCAAAGAUCGCAUGCUGUUAUAUUUUGCAUAAAUUUACAUGCGUUAGACACAUUAAGAAAGAAAAAUAGACAUUCAAUGAUUGGUUUUACUACACCCCCUAUUGUUUUUAGUUGGAGUUUGAACUUAGUUCACUUUUUGAACAUGUGAUCAGAUUACAAAUCGAUACGCUUGUGAUUUUGGUCCACUAAUAUCAAUUUUAUCAAGAUCUAAAAUUAUGCCGUAAAUCUUCAUCAAUAUUUCAUCAGUCGAUUAAACUCUCAAAAAAUUCUCCGAAUAAAAAAUACAGCAUUACGCAAAAAUCAUGGUGUUACUCGAACACGAUUGUUACCAAUUUAUGACCAAAGGGUCAAAUUUCCAAAAGGUCAAAAACAGUAGAUCAAAUGGCACGUCGUCAACUCCUCAGCAUGGCCAAGAUUUCACUUCCUUAAUUCAGCUAAGCGGGAAAAAGUUCGCUCGAACUUUCAAACUAGACAUUUCGCAGAAUUUCAUCAGCUGGUCCCCUAGCCGAAAAGGUACAAGAUACGCUCAGUAUGAAAUCAGAAGAUUCUCACGAAUUCGCCGCGGACUCUUAUCGAUGGACAACUCCAACAAUUUAAACUCAUCAAGCUCAUCUUCAUCAGAAGGUUCGAGUUCAAAUUACUAUCUUCGUUUCGGCUUAACGAUCAUCUUUGCUAACGGGACGACUUGCGAGUUACUGGCUUCGAGCCCUGAAACCGUUAACUACUGGGUUACAGGGUUGCGAUUUUUAAUAUACCGCAAUCAGCAAACUACAAACUCCCAUUUGCCUGUUGAAAAAGAAAGAUUUAUACGGACAGAGUUCAAAACGAAAUCAGUCGGAGCCCAGAACCUUGAUUUUCACAGUGCAAUUGAAUUGUUUCACGAUUUGACGCCAAUGGCCGACAGUUUAAAUCUACCGGUUACGCUUGAACGUGUGUUCAAACACGGCAAAUUGGUCUCGUGUAACGAAUUUGUGGCUUUAUACGACAACUUGACUGCGGUUCCUGAGAUAUUGGCGGUCAUUUUCCAAUAUGGUGUCUCGGGUGAUCUGGUGUUGACGAUGAACGAACUGGCUUCGGUGUUGCCCAAUGAAAUUUCCGAGGUCGCAUAUGGCGUUGCCAGUGAGAGUGCCCUGUCUUCCUUCUGUCGAGGGGUUGUGUCGUCGUUCGAAGUUGUUCCAGAGUACCGGCAGAACUUACUCCUAGGAGUGGACGGACUGGCCUCCUUCUUUUUCAGUCGACACUGCUCUCUAGUCGACCCCAGACAUCUCUCAGUGCACCAGGACAUGAGUCGGAGUGUGAGUUGUUACUACGUGAACAGUUCGCACAACACAUUCCUCACAGGCAGCCAACUACUGGGGGAGAGCAGUGCAGACAUGUACAGUCAACUUCUCCUAAGGGGUGUGCGUUACGUGGAGAUAGAUGUGUGGGAUGGGGAGGACGGACAGCCCUACUGCAACCAUGGCUACACCCUCACCUCACGCAUUCCAUUCACACACGUCAUCCAAGCUAUCAACCAAUCCGCUUUCCUCACUUCAGUCUAUCCUGUAAUCAUUGGUCUGGAGAACCACUGCUCCCUGGCUCAACAAGCAUCCCUGGUGCAGACGAUGCUGUCUAUCUUCAGAGAAAAGCUUUUCAUUCCCAAGGAACACUCGCCCAGCGGUGUCAGCGUCAUGGACUUGCCUCUCAAUUCACUCUGUUGCAAAAUUCUGAUCAAGAGUAAGAAACUUGGUCGAAGCGGAACAAGCGACACUUCCAUUCCCCACAGCAAAAGCGACGGAUCCCUCAUGCUAAGGCGCACAUCGACAGACGAUGAAAUGAAUAAAUUAUGCGACUCGUCGAUGUCGCCAACCUACGAUGACAAUUCGUGGGGUGAAGUUAGUGAUGAAAACAGUGCUGAUGAACUGAGUGACAUUUACAAAGUUCAGCCGAGUUUGCGGAGGAAUGACAUGAAUGAAAUCGUGGAGGAUUUGGGGUCAUAUGAUCAAAGAAGAAAGCAGCACCUUCUGCAAGGAAAGACACCCACCAUCGCGCUAUCUGCAAAAUUCUCCAAAUGCGUCGCCUUGAGGUCGAACUCAAUUUCCAAACACACUCUUCGCAAACUAACUGCAAGCAUGGAAAAUUCAAUUAGCAAAUCGCACUGCUCAAUUUACAAUCUACCCGAGAACCAAGCUGUGCAUUUGGUGCGUGAACAGUACUUACAGUUACUUUCGUUCACGCAAAGUAACCUCGUUUCCGUCUCGCCCUCACCCACUCGUGUUGACUCAAGCAAUCCGGAACUGCUGCAGUUCUGGAAUGGCGGCGUGCAAAUAGUAGCGUUGAACCAGCAAACUGAAGAUCGCGUGAACAAAAUGAACAGAAGUAUGUUUGACGCUAACGGUUCCUGUGGCUAUUUUCUAAAACCGAAACUCCUGCAAUCUGACGUUUUAAACGAGUCACAAGAAUUCAAUUGCACCAAAACAGUGUCUAUAUCAUUUCUGUAUAUUUCCAUUGUGGACCAAAUCGCAAAUUAUGACGUAAUGAAUCAAUCUAUGACUUCAUCAAGUCACUCGCUGUCCAAUUGUUCCUCGUCAAGUCAUUCUACGGCGACUUACCAACACGAAUUCUCUCUUCGAAUUGAGAUUCAAGGUCACCCCAUCGAUACUUGUUCAUACUGCUUCUCGUGUGGGAGUAAAGAUGAAUUGAAAGAGGGCCUAAAAGGGGUCAAACUCGAGUACCCUGAUCUGGCGUUUCUCGGGUUUUCGGUGGCCGACGAGACUUCAAUUCUGAACAGGAAAACUUUAUCGGACUGUUAUGUUCCGGUCUCUUCCCUCGCCCAAGGUUUCCGAUCAAUAAAUUUGUCCGGAAAAACACCCGUGUCUAUUCUAUGCAGGGUUUCUAUCGAAGAACAUGUUCAGGCCAGCAAGACUAACCAAUUCUCGCUAGGCAUUCUCAAGCGAGCCUCCUUCAUCAAAAGAUCUCUGAGGGGAUCUUUCCGGAAGUCUAACUCGACCCCACAUCAUUACGACAUCCCUCCCACACUUUACGAGAAAGCCGAUCGAAACUUGGAAGCAGUAAGUGAUCGAGACAGCGGGUUCCUUAGCAACUCGUCAAUGAACUCGCCUUCUCGUGUCGACCGAACCGAGUCGCCAGAAACACAAAACUUCCCUCAAAUGAAACCACAGGGUAAAAUAUCUACUGAAUCUUUUUUCAGAAACAGUUCGACUAAUCAGAAACAAUAUUUAAACGUGGAUCCUUCCUCAACCGGGAGUCAACCAAGGUCAAGUUUUGCCCUAUCUGAACACGAUAAAUUAAAUAUAAUGCUCGAGGAAGCUGCGAAAGCCGAAGUUUUGCUCUCUGCCGAGCAUCGAAAAGCGAAAAGUCUUUCGGUGUCCGAUGACAUGUUAUCUUUGGAAUCUGAAAAUCAGAGUAACAAGCCAGCUCUGCCUCCGAAGCGAUACCAGUCGUUCCGAGAAAAACGCACGGUUAGCGAAUCGGAUCAAGGAAUGAGAGCCAAUUUCGGCCAUGGUGACAGUCGAAUUAGCGAGAAAAACAAUCGGCCGACUUCUAUUCAAUUUGAUAGAGUUGCGAAAGUUAACGGUUCAGCAGGCUCACCUCAAACUUCAUACAGAAGACCUCAAAAUUUUCUUUAUUCGGUGGCAAGUCCGACAAAUGAGCAGUUGUAUAGAGUAAUAGAAGAGUCAAACGUCGAAACGGACGAAAGUUUAAACCAGUCCUCAAAAUCUACAGAAUCAAAUGGAGGGACCCCUGAAAAAACGCCGUUCAUGCGCUUUUCAACUGGAUUGUCUUUGGACAAACUGGAGGGAAACGGUAGAAGGGCCACUGGCAGGGAUAUAGUGAGAGAAAGGUGGCACGGUUCUAGGUCUAUGACGACAGGAUCUCUCAACAGCGGUCAAUAUAAUCAGAGAAGUUCAGGGAAACAGAAGUCAAAGUACAUGAACUCAGCUGCUAUUCAAAAAGCGGGAUCGGCUAGCAACAGUGCGGCAAUGAACCUCGAAGCAGCUUUCAACCUCCAAAAACGUCCCCCAAUCCCGCCCAAAAACUUCCUUUAUAAAGUCGAGUCAGCACAAAACCGAAACGUUCACCCGAGAAGUCUCCAUCAAGGUUUGGACCCCCACAAAAGCUACUCGUUUAUAGACAGCUUUUGCGCGCCGAACGACCAAUCUGACGACGAAGAAAACCAGAUUGUUGACCUGACCACGAAUUCUGACUAUCUCAACCAUUCUUCAAAAUCGGAUCAGAGUUUUCUGAGUCCUGGAAAUCGGAGCGAUACUACACGUUCAGGUAGCUGCGGUGAUUAUUCUCCUGACUUUUCUGCGCGUGAAGGAGUUUUGAACCUGCAUGAAAUGUCAAUUUCACUUCCUGUACCUGUUGAGUCGGUCAACACGAGAAAUGCCGUCAAGAAAACUCUCGAAACUCACAACCAGCAAAAUUUGCCUUAAUUGAACGAAAUAAAUUGAUUACUUUCAUUUAUUGAUAACAGAUAAUUGCAAUUUUUAUUGAUCACUGCGAAUCAUUAACUGAGAAACAUGUUUUGUAA